AUGAAGUUCCAGUGGCUAAUCGUUCUGUUCGUUCUCGGAAGCUCCCUGAGUUCAGUUCUAAGCUACCCCCAGGUGACCCCAGUUGUAGUGACCACGUCGGAAAACGCCACCUCACCAUCGCCCACCGUGGGCCAAUCGAUGAUCGAGCAAGAUCUCAAACGGGUGGCCAUGAUCGGGAUCCUCUUCGGUGCCGUCCAAGGUGAAGCCGCAAUGGAAAAGAAACUCAACCGGCAGCUGCAGGACCUGAGCCGGACCUUCGGGGUGACGAAAUUCGACGUCAAAACACGCAAGGUGGCCGCCCUCGAGCGGAGCAUGGAACGGGACAAGGUGGCCAUCGGCAUUCUGAACGGUGCGCUGGAUUUGGCCAGCCAGCCGAUGACCUACGAGCAGUAUAGGCGUGAAAUGAGAAAACUGUCCGAGCGCGAGAAACAAUCGGCCAGUGCCACCCUGCCGUUGCUGCGCAAAAACCCCGGCACGAUCAAUGUCAACCAAUCGGACUACGACCUGAAGCUCAUCAAACGGGAGGUCAACAGGCACAUCAACCAGAUGCGUCGGAGCCUGUCAACCAAGAUCAAGGAAACGGUCCAGUUCCUGGAAAGUCACGAUGCCCUUCACACCAUGGAUCAGGUGAACACGGAAGCUGUGAAGGCGAAGAUCACCAUGGGUGGUACCAACCGGAUGCCGGACUACAGCUUCUACGAAACGCUGGUCCAGAGAGAUCUGGAGAACCACAUUGAUGUGUUGUUCCGAAGGAGGCAGGAUGAUGAUGAUGAUGAUGAGAAGGAGGCAGGUGGGAAUGAUGAAAAGGGGAAGGAUAGCAAUGAAAAUGGGAUUUCGGUUACGCUGGGUGGAGAUGGAGACGAGUCCGAAUCGGAAUCGGAGGAAGAGGCACCCGGUGGGUUGGUGGGAUUGAUUGCCAACUUGAGUGGCGGUGACGAGGGAUCGGAUGUUGGAGCACUGGUUGGGGCUCUGUCGGCUGCGGUUACCAAUCUUUUUGGGCCGGGUGGUCUGGACGUGCCCGGAUUGCUGGGUACGGGAGCCGGAUUGCUUGCGGGACUGCUUGGGGGAGACGAAAACUUUGGCAAAGUGUUGGGAAGCUACGUAGGUAUUGCCAUCGAGGGUUUCUCCGGCGGAGGCGCUGACAACAACGGAGCCUUCUUUGGAAACUUUUUGGGAUCCGUCAUUGCGUCACUGAGUUCUGACCCAGACGAUGAGGACUUGCCACUGAGACCGAAGCUUUUCAUCGACAAGUUCUUUUCCGGACUGCAGGAAGCGAAACGGAAGGGCGACCCGGAUGCGGAGGGAGCUGGCGAGCAUAAGGGCUCGGAUCUGUUCGGCUUCAUCGGUAACAUUGUGGCUUCUGUCGUCGGUGGCAUCACCAGUUUGGUUCUGAAUGCAUCGCUCGGAUCGUCCGGUGGUUCAUCCCAAGGCUCAGCCGACGCUUCCGGUGCCUCCUCGGCCGGCAGCAGCGGAGACAGUUGCAACCAUCCCUGUACAUCCCUCUAG